CGUUGUCAGACUGUAGAGGAUAUCGUUCGUGGUCAAACUAGAGGGAAAGAGAAUCUUGGCAUCGGUGUUCCUCAGUGGUGCGUGCUGAAAGACCGAAAAUUGCCACUUCGAUAACAGCGUUCUCAGAUACAUCGCAUUUACAGUGUCCUAGUACGACUCCUUUUGCACACCCUACAGUCAACGACAUCCAACUGUUGCUUUUGGUUUUUUCGACAUACUUUUCUCGAACAACAGCCGUUUCGUGACUUUUUCAUUGUUUUGAACUGCAACUACUGGCAACGGGUCUUGCGUACAGGACACUCUUCAGCUAUUAAGACGACACGAAGGAAAGCUAGUCGCAGGUAGCUACACCGUGGUCCGUUCAUCGGCUCUUCUUUCGAUACUUUGAUAACCUCGCAUCACGACACCAAGCAUCUUCAUCGUCGUUCGACCGUACCUUUCCGCAACAGAUUUGUCCAUUUACUAGCAAUCAUCAGAAAACAAUGGCGACCAUCGUAGAUUGGUACAAAGACUUCAUAAACAAUAAAUGCCAUCCAUACACACAGGAUUGGUUUCUCGUGUCAGGACCAGGUCCUCUGGCGGUAAUUCUCGUUACCUAUGUGUAUUUUUGCCUAUCCGCUGGACCAAGGUACAUGAAGGACAAGAAGCCGUUCGAAUUGAGGAAAACCAUGAUCGUGUACAAUUUCGUUCAAGUGCUAUUUAGUAUAUACCUCUUUUAUGAAGGAUUGAUGGCUGGAUGGCUGCAUGACUACAAUUACUUUUGUCAGCCUGUUGACUAUUCGGACAAUCCAAAAUCUAUCAGAAUGGCUAAGAUUGUGCACUUUUACUUCAUAUGCAAGUUGACAGAGCUUUUGGACACGGUGUUCUUCGUUCUUCGGAAGAAGAGUCGUCAGAUCUCAACUCUUCACGUGUAUCAUCACACUAUAAUGCCGAUUUGCGCUUGGAUCGGAGUCAAGUUCCUGCCGAAUGGCCAUGGAACGUUCCUGGGCGUCGUCAACUCUUUCAUUCACAUAAUCAUGUACAUGUACUACAUGCUGUCCUCGAUAGGGUCACACAUGAACAAAUAUCUCUGGUGGAAAAGAUAUAUAACGAUGUUCCAGUUGAUUCAAUUUGGCAUGAUUUUUAUCCAUACCAUUCAACUAUUCUUCAACGGAUGCAAUUAUCCGAGGCCUAUUGCGUUCCUGCUCUUGCUGAACGCGACGAUCUUCAUCUACAUGUUCGGGUCGUUCUACGUCGAAAAUUAUCGUAAGAGACAACGAAAACAGAUAAAGGAUAAGCAAAUAAAUAUGGCGGCGAAGAAAGUGGAGUGAAUUAAUGUCGUUGACGCGGUUUUCUUUUCGCUUGUUGUACUCCUCUUCGUUACAAAGGAACAUUACCUUACCUUCGUUAAGUACAUAGAAGCGUACUAGCAUAGAACGAUAAAUUUAGUGUUUCAAAUAUUUAUUGCUGAUCGAUCAAUUUCGUAUAUUCGAAAACCAGAGACGAUCUUCAUCUCAUCGAUGACGAUCUCAUUUCUUUCCUCUACAUUUUUUUGUUCAAAAAUUUAUUUUAUGAUCAAACAUUGACCACACGUAAUAUAUAUAUUUAUGUAUGAAAUUUAUAUAUAAUACAUAAUAUAUUUACAUAUUUUACAUAUAUAUAUAUAUUAGAAGCAAAUAUAAUUCUAAGUUGUCAUACCUUUAGGUUGGUGCAUCUUAAAUUACCAAUUAUUUUUAAAAUCUUUCUAUUUAAUUAUAGUAGAGUUUGUAAGAAAUAUGUAAGAGUUCCUUUCUUUUCUUCUUUUUAUUAAAUUCAAUAUAUUGUUUCUUGCCUAAAAGUGGAGCAGAUGCAUAAUAUGUAUUCUAGGUAUGAAGAGAACAUAUGUAGUCAUACCAAAGAUAGAUAAAUCUCGCUCCAGCCAGAGAAGUAAGUAAAUUGUGAUUCGAGACACCAGACAACACGAUUUUAAAAAUCAAGUAUCUCCAGCGUGUGUCUUAUCAUGAAAGGAAAGUACUUCCUUA